AUGACCCCAACUGCAGACCCUAGGACUCUCAACAACCCAACAAAAACGAUGUCUGUCGAAGCAACCGUCUUCAGAGGCUCGCGAGACGAAGGAAUUGUACAGGGUACGACUGUUUUGGAAGCACCGACCGGAGCCCAGGUGCUGGUUCGAAUAACGCAUUCUGGUAUCUGCGGUACGGAUGAGCACUACAAACACAAGAAUAUGGUGCUCGGCCACGAAGGCGUCGGUAUUGUUGAGCAAAUAGGGCAAGGUGUCCUUGAACUUGCGGUCGGCGAUGUGGUGGGCUGGGGUUUCAUCCACAAAACGUGCGGUCGUUGUGAACAGUGUCUUACAGGGCAAGACAACUACUGUAGAGCCGGUGUCGAGAUGUAUGGCCGGAGCAACUUCCACCAAGGCUCUUUUGGCUCGCACGCAGUCUGGGACGAAUCGUACGUGUUCAAAGUCCCCGCCGGUCUUGCCCCGGAAUAUGCUGCGCCGCUUAUGUGUGGUGGCGCAACGGUGUUCCAGGUCAUCGAGGACUUCAACAUCCGACCUACCGAUCGAGUGGGAGUUAUUGCGCUCGGUGGUCUGGGCCAUAUGGCCGUUCAAUUCCUGGCCAAGAUGGGGGCAGACGUCGUCGUUUUCUCGAGCACGGAUGCCAAACGCGAAGAAGCAUUUGGGCUGGGGGCCAAGGAGUUCUAUGCGACGAAAGGUGUGGAGAAGUUCGAGGGAAUGAAGCCGUUGGACCAUCUCCUGGUAACAACCAGCUUCAUUCCAGACUGGAAACCAUAUAUUGCCAUCAUGAAGCCCAAAGGUGCAAUAUACCCGCUCACAGUCGACUCCUCCAAUCUCGUCUUGCCUAUGAUCCCCGUCCUCAUGGGCGGAUUGACCAUACAAGGCUCUCUCGUCGCUGGCCGGGCUAUCCACAAACGAAUGCUCGAUUUUGCUGCACGGAACGACAUCAGACCAAUGAUCCAGAAGUUCCCUUUCACCAAGGCUGGGAUUGAGGAGGGAAUGCAAAUGUUGCGGGAGGGAAAGGUUCGGUACAGAGCAGUCCUUGUUGCCUAUAAGGCAGCUCUUUAA